AUGUUUUCAAACAGACUAGCACAGCAGUCGCUGAGACGACUUGCGACACAACAUCCAUCCGCAUUCAGAAGCUCGGUGUCCAAGUUCGCGAAGCCGGCUGCCAUUGCAACUGGAAACUAUGCUCAGAUCAGACCAGCAACGUCUGCCUCUGCACCUGCAUCAGAGACCACCGAUCCAACAAAAAUCCUGGCCAAACAGCGCCUUAACCGUCCCGUCUCUCCACAUCUCAGCAUCUACCAGCCCCAGAUAACCUGGUACCUAUCCAGUCUUAACCGUAUCACCGGUGCCGUUCUCUCUGGCAGUCUCUACAUCUUCGCUAGCGCCUAUCUCGUUUCCCCUCUGCUCGGAUGGCACCUUGAGUCCGCGUCGUUGGCCGCUGCCUUUGCCGCCCUCCCAAUCGUCGCCAAGCUUGGGUUGAAAUUCACCAUGGCCCUCCCAUUUACCUUCCAUUGCUUCAACGGCUUGAGACAUCUUGUAUGGGAUAUGGGAAAGCAGCUGACCAACCAGCAGGUCAUUACAACUGGGUGGACUGUGGUCGGGUUGACCCUUACCAGCGCCCUUGCAUUGGCUCUUAUCUAA